UCUGCCGCGGUGUCACUCAGUCACUCUCUCGCUCUCUCUGCGGCCGGUCAAGCCCUUCAUUCGGUAACGGGGAUGAUGACAGUGGCUGAGUGUUAGCGCACUAUGGCCGCUCAAAGGAAUUACAAGGCCGAUCCAAGAAGGGGACUACAUGAAGUAAUGUGUAACAAGUCCGGAGCCAAACUGCUCAGUUGUUUAAACCACAAAGGAGGAAUUAAAACGCGCUUAAGCGGCUUUCUUUACUCAAAGUCUGGAGAGGUUUAGCAACUGUCUCGUGAAACUUUUCUAUUUUUAAAGUUUCUGGUGAGGUGUCUCGCGCUCCGGACAUGGCUCUGUCUCAGCUACAGUGCCUGGACGACAACCACGUGAACCCGCGGACGCACGAGUCCAAGCCGGAGUUCCUGUACUGCGAAGACCAGCGGCUCGCGCUGGAGGCUCUCCUCCAGGAUGGUCGCGAGGCGUUUUUUAAGUACUUGGAGACUCGCGGCCUGCGGGGUUUCCUGUCGGACCUGGAGCUGGAAACUCUCGCCGGCGCCGUGGAGCCCUAUGACCCGGGAACGGAGCUCUACCCGGAGAAUGCCGAGGUCGACGAGCCCCCGCUGUCCCUUACCUACUGGCCCGAGCUGUCGGACACGUCCAUCCCACACAUGGACCUGGGCUGGCCGGACUGCGAUGCUUACCGGGGGGUGACCCGCACUACCAUGUACUCGCAGCCCCCGCUGGAUGGUCAAACGCACAUCAAAGAGAUUGUCCGAAAAAUGAUUGCGCAGGCGCAAAGGGUAAUAGCAGUGGUGAUGGAUGUCUUCACCGAUGUCGACAUCUUUAGAGAUUUGCUAGAUGCUGGUUUCAAGAGGAAGGUUUCUGUCUACAUCCUGUUGGAACAUACAUCGCUACCUCAUUUCCUGUCCAUGUGUCGGAGGGCCAACAUGCAUGCAGGACACCUCAAGCACCUUCGUGUACGCUGCAUAGAAGGAGUAGAGUUUCACACCCGUUCCUCCACCAAGGUCAGAGGGCGAAUGGGACACAGAUUCAUGUUCAUUGAUGGAGACAAAGCUGUUUCUGGGUCUUACAGUUUCACUUGGACGUCAUCGCGGCUGGAGAGAAAUCUCGUCACCGUGGUUACAGGCCAGGCGGUGGAUGGCUUUGACAGACUGUUUCGCACCCUCUACGGGACCUCCAGCUCGGUUGACAUCCGGCAGGUCGCCACGGAACCUGAACCUGAACCGGAGCCCCUCCCACAACCUGCCGCAGUGGCCCCGCCUUCUGCUGCUAUUGCUAGGAAACUGUACAAUCCAAAAUACGCCCUGGCUUUAGGCAACCCCAGCCCCAGCCCCGCCCCUUCUGCUGAAAACAGCAAUGCCAACAAGACCAAAAGUCAAAAGAACUGCAAAACUCCAGAGGUCCCAGAUACCAAGAAGGGGAGGCGGAGGAGGGCUAGUAAAGAAGCCAUACAGGAGGCUCCUCCCAUCCACCCCGGACUCAUCGAUCUAGAGAAAGCAUGCUUGAUGUCAUACCUGCCCACCUGGCCCGAGCCGGACCCCUCCAGUGAUGUCAUUGGGUUCAUUAACAUUCGAGAUUCCAACAAACCAAAUCAGGUCCAUCUACAGAGAUCUGAGAUGUUUGGAACCAGCCAAGCGAUCAGGUUUAGCAGUCCAUUCAAUAGACCUAAGGAAACCCUGCCAGAGGUGGCCAAGCCCAGGCAGCAGAUGCAGAUGAGUAAACUCAAACCAGCACAAGAUAAAACUGAGGCUGAAGAGUCGGUGGUAGACAGAGCUCAGCCGACACAACUCAAUGCACAGCCUGAUGAGAUCAAAAGUAACGCAGAGGCACCCAAGCAGAAUUCACCUGCACCAGAGUGUGAAUCUGAAAAAGACAUCACUGAGACUCUCAACACCAAGGAUAAAUUACAAUCAAAUACACCCUCCAACCAAGAGACAAGCCACAACACCACACCUCACCUCAAUGCACAUGCACCUCCCAGAUCCAGUAGCAAAGUAUCAACUCCUAACACAAGCACCCCUUCACACAGCACCCAAGGUGUCACCACAAACAAUCCUAAGCCCGACUCCCUCCCUGGAUCAAAAACUAAAGAAGCAGAAACUAGUUUGAACACACAAUGUGCUGUUGGGUACAAGGCGCACAUCCUGGAGUCGAACAGCACGCAAACCUCGGACCCGCGUGGUCCAACUGACUCAAACACAGGAGGACACACGCAAACAAAGACGGUGCUGCCACAUACAGAUUCACACACACAGGAUGCUCACACACAGCCACAAAACUCUUCUGAAAUCACCCCUAACAUCCAGACUCCCACUGUCAAUACACAUGGGUCACCCUCCUCUACCUCUGCCAUGAGCUCUCAGCCCGUCAGUUUCACCUCCCUUUCUGAAAAUCACCAGAUCUCCAUUACUACAAGCACAACUACCAGUGCCAGUUCUUCUUUGUCCUCCAUCAGCUCUUCUUCUUCCUUUCCUCCUGUUACCUCUUCUUCUACAGCUCCCAAUCCUCCCCUCCCUUCUUCCUCCAAAUCCUCAUCCUUGACCUCAGCUCCUCCCAUCCCAAAACCUCGUACUAUCCAGCUGAUUAUCAAAGACGGCGUCACCAGCGUUGGCCAGAAGCUGCCGGAGUUCAGUGUCGCCAGGAGGCCUGAGACCAGCACAGACGCGCUAGUGGUCCCUAGUGUACCUGCUGUUGCAACCGUGGCCCAGACGUCGCCGGAAAAAAAACCUGAGACUGUCCCAGAACUGCAGAACAACAGUGGGAGCAAAACAGGAGCACAAAAAGAUGCAGAGAACACAGGGAAUAUUGGAGAAGCUCCGCGGCAAAAACAGAGUGGGACUUCCCAAGAGACAAAGAAUGAGGUAGCAGUCGGACUACAUGAUGACAAGGCAGGAAUGCAGCUGGUCACUGGAAGCAACCUAGAAGCCCAGUCAGAUGUUUUGAUUACCGAUGCACCAAAGGCAGAGAGUGUGAACAUUCAAGAAAUAAUUCAGAAAGAUGUUGAGCCCAAGACGUUUACAUCGUUAGACUGCAAAUUAACCCCACAGAUAGACUGUGUAGCCGUAGUACAGGCAGGGACCAAGGCCCCAGAAAGAGCCCCGGCAGACUGCGAGUUUCCUGAAGUGCCAAAUGAAAACAGGAAGAAUGUAACACAAGGCAAAACAUACCGCGCAACCCCACAUGAACUUCAGAGAAUAUCAUAUUGUGAAUCCUCUCCACAUAAUAUAGGUGCAUUAAACGCUGUGGAGUCUUUAAAAGUUCCAACACACACUGUUUCUGCCACACACAACCCACACAUGUCUAAAGACAGUGCUGGUGAUAGCACACACACAUCUGUUGUAGACACACUUGGCCAGCAAGGUUAUCCGAGUUUCACACCAGAACACUGCACAGACACUAUGCCAAAUAUUACAAAACAUAACACACACAGCACCCUUCAGGAACUUAUCCCUAAAGCACGGGGAAACACACACACACCUGAAAAACCCCUGCAUUUACAUAUCUCCGACACUCACGUGCCAGACCUGCGUUCGGCAACGCCUGAGACGGAAUCGCGGUUACUCGCAGCUCUCGCAUGCGCACCAACUCCACACGGAUUUAUUCCAUGCAUGCCCACCCCAGACUCACAAACGCACACACCGGAUCCACGGUCAUACACUCCAGACUUUCGGACACCCACGCCCGACGGGUAUGUCUCACCAAGAACGGACUCCGCUCUCUCCACAACCUCAGAGGAGUAUUACGAAUGCAGAGACUCUCCUCUCCACGAGCCUGUGUUUGACCGAGCAGCCUACAGCAACCAUGGGACGACAGAGGAUCAUGUUAGCUUCACACACACAAACACUCCUAAUGCUACAAGCGUUGCCACUAGUCCUGCAUACAUAAAUUAUAACACACUAGGCACUACAGACCAGAAUACCUCUAGCAGUGAAACACAGAGUUUGUCUGGGCCUCCUAGCGACUCUUCUUCGUCUUCUUUAAUUGAGAAGAAACUGAAAAGGGGGGAGGAAGAAACCGUAAAUGAAGAAAAUGGGAGAGAAGUGGAUGAAAAGGAGAGGAAAGUGAGUGUGGCAGAGAGGAGUACAGAGGGAGAUUUGCGGGGGACACAGAGGAAAGCCAGCGAGGAAGCAAAAAGAACAGCAGACCAUUUUAACCAAAGUAAAGAUUUGACAGAGACAGUAGAAACGAGCAAGGAGGCCCAACCACAAGACCCCAAGAGGAAGAGGGUGCUUAACCAAUCAGCAGCAGAGAGACUGGUCGACGGAGGAGUGACUCCAGGAGAGCUAACCAGUGAGGGAGCAGAGCCAAAGCGAUUGUCCACAGGGGACCUUAAACCAAAGACGGUUUCUACUGAGGGAGAUAGGCCCCAGUUAACCAAAGAGACUGAGGGACAGAAGCUUUUGCAGACUCCUCCUAGACCUCCACGAGACCAACCAUCCAGACCCCUUUGUCCUCUCUCAGCCAGCCAGCAUUUUGGGCCUCAUCCCUGGGUAAGCCGUCAGCUGAACAAGGCAGAAAACAAGGCACUCCACAGUAGUUUCCUGGUGUUGGACAACGGCUCAUCUCCUUGCAGACCAACAGCUAGACCACCUCCUCCAGCGGUAGCAGGUGCUGUUGGGUCCGCAGCUGGGCAGAAGCAGGCUGAAGUCUUGCACAGUCAGCAGAGCCUCCUCUCUCGACAGUCUCUUGCAGUGCAGGGCAGAGCUGGACAGUCGCCGAAUCAACAUCCUUACCCAAAACCCCAGGCCUCAUUUCUCCACACACACCCUAACGUACAGUCACAGCUCCAUCCUCACUCCCAGAUCCAGACGGUAUCAGCACAGGAGGCGCGCUGCCAGGAAGAAGGAAGGGCUCCUUUUACCGUUUCUUUUAGCAGGCUAUACAGCCUUAAGGGCCUGAAGGAAAAGAUGAAUAAGCUGCCAGUACAGAGCAGGAGAACCAGCACCAGCUCUCCGGUACAUGGACGUAAGAGCACAGGCUAGUCUGGUACCAUUACUGUAGCACAUCAAGCUGAAGAAGAGGGUUGAAAGUCCAAGAAAACAGCUUUAUAAAAUCUUGACCCAGUGUUUGUGCUGUAAAGGAAACGCCACAUUUCACAGCCUCUGUCCUGCUAACAAGGCAAAUAUUUGCCUCUGCACUACCAUUUCGUCCUAAGGUUACUUCUUGCUGACAGUUUUAGUGAAUGUCUGAACCUUGACCCAUGACUUGUGGCGUUGACCUUCUCCUGAUUCGUCUGAUGGAGGAUUUGUUUUCCACAUGGCAGUUUGAAUAUGAAAGCACUUCUGUGCGUCAUGUUGCUCAUUACUGACCAAACAAAGUGUGAUUGGAGUAAAGUGUUUUUUCUUUUUCUUAUUCUCAUUUCUAGACACGGUUCUUCUUCUCAACCACUUCCUAUUUACAUUUUAGCACUGGGAAUUACCUCAGUUUUUACUUUGAGUUCAGGAUGAUUUAAAAUGUGGGACUUACAGUAAUAUGGUAUCUGUGCUUCCAAUAUGCUGUAUGAGUGGGCUUCAUUCAUCAAAAUGCACAGUAGUAGAGUUAAAUAGUAUAAAAUAGGUACUAUCAGUACAUGUUUGUGUCAGUCUGUACUGUACUGUAUUUUGUGUGAUCACAGACUGGCUCUUCCAACAUGGUGUCAGAGAUUUACUAUUCUCUAUCACCACUUUACAUUCUGUGAGCGGACAAAUGAGUAAAUGUUCAAAUGGCUGACCUCAUGACAGGUGAACAUGAAUUAAAUUGUUUAUAUUGUGUUUAUAUGAGUUGAGUGGGUGCAUUUGUCACACGUUUGUAUUAUAAUAUGACAAGUUUUUCCUCUUCUGUGCGUUCAAAAAGUGCUUACGAUUCAAGCCUGAAUGCUGAAACUGUUGAUGCGGAAUGUUAUAUUAUUUUUUGUUGAUGUCUCAGACUUUCAUUUUGGUUAUUUUGCAUUCUUCCGUUGUGUGCUGUACAUUGAAAGACUAAAGCCGCGAGGUUAUUGAUUUAUCCUUUGUUUACACUAAAUUCCAUUUACAUUCAAAAUGCUUUUUUGCCUGGAAGACAAAGUCACACCAACUGUGGCCAAACAAAGCGUAUGUUAUCUGCAGAGACGAGCACAAACACCGCACAGGACAGGCUUGUUACUCUGAAGAUAAAUACAGAUGUCCUGGGGAUUAUAACAACAGUGUACAAGAUGGCGCUGUUAGUUUAUCUAAAGGAAAAUGGUAAUGUGGAGAACAAAUAAAGGUAUCACUGACAUCAGUGACAUGGCUGAUGGUCACAUAAUAUUGUUAGACAGAAAAAACAACUGUUUCGCAAAGCUACAAAUGAGAAAAGCUGUAAUCUUGUUAUGGAGACAGACAUGGAAUCUGUACACUUGCUGAAUGUUUGCCUGUGUCUUAACUACUAAACCAUCUUUAUUUGACUGCAGCGAAUCCCCAUA